AUUCAAAACAAGCAGACGACUCGUCAAACCGUCAGAGCAGUUUUGAGUUUUCUUUAUUUUUUUUUCCUACAACAAUAGUUCAAAAUUUCUACUCAGUUUCGGUUCGACCGUAGCUUCUACAUCUUUGCGGACUCUACAAAAGUUUAACAUAUUUGCUUUCAUUGGUAAAACAUUACGAUGGAAUUAUCCAACAAUUAUGAGGAACUAACUUUCUUUCAACGUUACGAUGAGAAUGUACUGAGUGAAUUCAUCGAAAUUGCCUACGAGUAUUUAGUAAAUAAAAACAAACAUAAAUCAUACUCAAAUGCUGCAUUGAAGUUGAAUGUUGAAUGUUUUGCAAUUGAAAAAUUGAUUGGAAAGUUAUCAGAGCUUCUAUUGGAGAGUGCUAAGCUUACAAUUACUGAAGCAGAAUUUGUGAGCAAUUUGCAACCUAUUCUGUUUGAUAAAGUGCAUUUGUUAUGGAAACAAGUUUGUUUGAAGAGAAAUUUGCUUAAAGAAAUGCUGACAAAAACCGAAAUUAAUUAUGCUCAUUUCUCAUCUUUGAACUGGAGACUUGAAAACACUAUUGCAUCAAAAUCACUGGAGUCUUGUGAAAACACAAAUUUUUUAAUGGAGAUUCAGUUGAAAAACAGAGACGAUAAAGAACAACGUCAUUUUAUUACCGACAUUCCUAACAUCUUUCAUUUUACUAAUGUACUGGAGAGUGCCUUGAAUGAAACAAAAACUAGUCACAUUCGCAGAGGUCCAACAUCUAACUGAUCGACAAAAAUUUUGUUUGCGUGUUUCAAGAAAUGUAUUGAUUUGAAGGAGAUUGCAUGUUUAAUUUAAAGAAAUUGAAUAACAUUCCUGUUUGUUUCUACA